GUCGUCGCAGAGGCCAGGUUUGUGUGGGAUUCGGUUCUUAGACGCCGGCUUCCGGGAGCUGCGCGGCGGAGCAGAGUAAUGGAUGCUGAUAAAGACAACAUAAAGCAAGCUUGUGACGAGUGCUCACCAGAGAUGGACGUUAUGAGAGUCGAACAAAGCACGGGAUUACUUCAUGAAAUCAUGAGGGAAAACAGCGAGCUAGACAAGGAGAUCAAAAAACUUGAAGCUGAAUUACAAUCGGACGCCAGAGAAUUCCAAAUGAAAGAGAAUAUACCAGAAAGAAAGCUUAAAUUCACCUCAGUGGAGAGUCCCGAGGACGGCGGCCAUUUCUCAGAAAGCUCCUGUUCGUUUCAAGUGAGCUCACAAAUUCUCUAUGAGUUACAGAAAGGACAAGCGCUUAUCACCUUUGAGAAGGAAGAAGUCGCACAGAACGUGAUAUCGAUGGGGAAGCAUGUUGUGCAGAUGGAAGGCACCUCGGUGAAGGUCUCUGCACAUCCAGUCCCACUAAAUGCAGGAGUCAGAUUCCAGGUUCAUGUGGACAUUUCUAAAAUGAAGAUCAAUGUUAUGGGAAUUCCUGAUGAGCUCUCUGAGGAGCAGACAAGGGACAAGCUGGAGCUGAGCUUCUGUAAGUCCAAGAAUGGCGGCGGUGAAGUUGAAAGUGUGGACUAUGACAGGAAGUCCAGAAGAGCUGUCAUCACGUUUGUGGAAGCUGGAGUUGCUGACAAGAUUUUGAAAAAGAAAACCUAUCCUUUCUACAUGAAUCAGAAGUGCUAUAGCGUUACGGUUUCUCCAUUUAUAGAACGGCGUUUGGAAAAGUACCAGGUGUUUUCAGCUGUGUCCAAGAAGACAGUGCUUCUGACCGGCUUAGAAGGCAUUGCUGUAGAUGAGGAGACUGGGGAGGACUUACUCAACAUCCACUUCCAACGGAAGAAUAACGGAGGGGGAGAAGUGGAGGUGGUCAAGUGUUCUCUAGAUCAGCCCUUCGCAGCCUAUUUUGAAGAAGAGACCAGAGACACCAUAUGAAACUUAUAGCUUUGAGCUCAAAUCACUGCCAACAUUUACAAAAUAUUGUUUUCCUUAAAAAAAUUAAUUUGUCAGUGUCUUCUUAUUCUUUGAUGUAAAAUCUGUUCCCGAGUCUUAAAAUUCUUCUUCGUUUUGAGCUCUACUGUGUGUUUACAGAUGCAUGAGUGGCCCAUGUGGGGGAGUUUGUUUUUCCUAAUCUCUGUGGCUGGACUCUUUGACUUUUAUACAACACUCAGCCUUUUGGAUGUCCCCUGCCCCUGCUGUCUGCCUCUGUCAUAAUCAUAUGAGCCAAUUCCAUUUUGGUCCCUUGCCAAAGAACUCCAGUCCAAUUUAUCAGUCUGUGGAUUUAGUAGGACUUAACCAGAUUCAAGGGGCUGUCCCACUUUGUAUAGCCUUUCAAAACUCCACA